AUGUCACUGCAGCGACUCCGACACCGUCUCGUCGACGACAACCCCGAGGACUUUGUCCGGCUGCAGCCCCACAUGCGAGAGCGACUCACCAAGAAAAAAGAGCUCUGGGCAUUCUUCCUCUUCGCAUUCGGAUACUUCGCUUGGUCCAACACCACCGGUUCCCUCUUCCAACCCCUGCUGGUCCAGCAGGUCGCCAGGAACGCGUCCCGUCUUAGCUCGAAUUCUUCUCUCCCUUGCCCCGAGAGCGAUGAGUUGAUUCCCGAGGGUGACCGGUGUCUUGUCCCCUUUGGAUUCGUUCGUGUUGAGCCCACCUCCUAUGUACUCCUCAUCAAUGUCGUCUCAGUCUGGUGCACCAUUAUUGUCUCUCUAGGCACCUCAGCCUUUGCUGACCAUGGACGGUCGUCCAAGAAGUUGAUGAUGACCUUCUGCACCCUCUUGGCCGUGACAACCACCUUCAUGUUCAUUGCCCCCUUGAAGCCCGAUGUCUGGUGGCUCGCUGGCCUCUUAAUGGUCAUUGGCCUCAUCUUCAAUGGCGCAACUCUCAACUUCUUUGACGCCCAUAUCCCCAUCCUGGCAAGACACCACCCCAAAGUAGUCAGGGCUAUGACAGAUUUCGGGACAAACUCUCGUGAGCACAUCGAAGCUAAGGUCAAAAUGGCCACCUUCCUCUCUGGAGGCGCCUCCGCCGCCGGUUUCGCUGGUGGAAUCGUCAUGACCGUCCUCGGAGCAGUCAUGCUAAUGGUCAUGGGAGCCGAGACUUUGAUUGUGGGUUACUGUUUGGUCAUGAGUGCCGUCUUUGUGUUAAUCUUCAUGGUCAUCUAUGGCUUCCUUGCCCAUCAAAGAACAUCUGACCCGCUGCCCGCUGGGGCCAGCUACAUGACAUUUGGAUAUAUCCGUAUCGGCAAGACUGUUCGCCAGAUGCGUCGCCUAAAGACCAUGUUCUACUACCUCUGCGCAUGGUUCAUCCUCGGCGAUGGUCUCACGUCGACUUCGAACAUGGCUGUCUUAGUCGCUCAGGACCAGCUCCAGGUCUCGAAUGAUGCGUUGAUUAUUGCAGUCUUGAUCCAAUACGUCUUUGCCGCCUGCUCGAUGUCAUUCUGGAUUUGGCUUCAGAACAGCCGCGGCGUCAAGCCCAUGACCGUUAUUAUCAUCAACACCUGCCUCUUUGGCUUAAUUCCCAUCUACUGCUUAACGGGUCUCAUUGGCAGCAACCCGGUGGGGUUGAAGAACACCUGGGAGAUGUACAUGCUCGCCUCGCUGUUUGGUCUGUUUGUUGGAGCUAUCUACUCUUCAAACAGAGUCGUCUUUUCCCAAUUCAUUCCCCUUGGACAUGAGAAUGAGCUCUAUGCUCUCUUUGAAAUGGCCAACGUGUCAUCCUCGUGGAUUGGACCACUUGUGUGCACCGCUAUUAUCGAGAGCUACGGAAUUCGUCAUACCUGGUGGUUUCUUGUAACCCAGUUCUAUAUCCCCGCCUUCAUGCUGCUCUUUGUCAACGUGGAGAAGGGCCGUCAAGAGGCCAUUAACUUUUACAACAACGAACAGGAAGAAAAGAGAAUUAAACUCGAGAAGGAGGGGCUUACUGCUGCUACCGACAUGGAGCUGAGCGAUGCCAAGUUCGUGGAAGCCUCCAAGGAUGCCUAA